AUGGUGCUGCUGAGCCCAUCGAUCAACGGUCUCACGAGGCUUCUGGCAGUCUGCGAGUCGUAUGCGGAAACACACGGACUUAGGUACAAUACUAAAAAAAGUGAACUGUUAGUCUUUCAGGCUCCAAAUAUAAAAAAGAGACUGGUUCCUUCAGUCUACUUAGGAGGAGUAGAGUUAAACAGAGUCACCGAGUUCAAGUACCUGGGUCACGUGGUCACGGAGACGCUCGUAGACGACCUGGACAUGGAGCGGGAGCGCAGGGCGCUGGCGGUCAGCCUGUGGGUCAACUACACGCGCCGGGCCUACAGCGCGCUGCGCGUCCAGUACAAUAACGCACUGAGGAUCGUGUUGGGGCUGCCGAGAUUCUGCUCCGCAUCAGUCACUCUAGACAACAUCGUGGGCUAA